CGGCCACCAUUUGCGUCACUGCUUCAGAUCUGACUCCAAAGCAAGUCUAGUCUGCGGACGAAGGCAAGAGGCAGAGUCCUCUUUACCCUAGCAGAAGGCAGAGUACCUGCAGGAGCAAGGCACACCUGGUGUGGAGGCAGAAGAAAAAGAGUUAAGAGGGACACGGCGAGGGGAGGGAGAGGGCAGAAACAAGAAGCAACCAGAGACAGAGAUAACAGCGAGGGCAGAAAGGUGAAAGAGGACAGGGACAGAAGGACAGCAGAGAAGGCCAAGACUGAAAGGAGCCCAGAAUCUUCUGGCGGCACAGAAACAGGCACAAGGGCCGGUACUGCAGCCGGGACUUCAGCUUCUUGUCAACUCCAAGAUAAGAGGUCAAGGAAUCUGUUCUCAAUCAUACUGACCAGAAGUGGCAAGGCAAUAAGCGGAGCCCAAGCUAUGUGACAUCAAGGCUAAUACUCUUUUAGUUUAUUGACUUAUAGUUGAAUUACUAUCAAUUGAACAUAUGUAAUGUGCAAAAUAUGUCAGGGACACACCCGUGAAGACAUCGCCACAAUCAAGAGGACUGAAGCCCUUGCUCUCAAGCAGCUUCGACUUGUAGUAUCAAGCCCAUCCUUCUACUGGAAGAGCAGUCAGACAUUUGAAGAGACCCACUGUGCUUUUGAAAUGUCCUGUUCCUCAAGCCUGGCUACAGGAAAGGUGAUGAAUGCACCCUGGACAAAGCUGUGUGCCUCUCCUUCUGAUGGCUCCCCUGCUUCACAUUCUUGUUCUGGGAGUGGCCCCACUCCCAGUCCAGGCUUCAGCAUCUCCACCUGCUAAGACCUUCCUUCCCUGUCUGUUUUCAAGGCCCUUCUCAAAUGCUUCCUCCACACAGAGGCUUUCCUAGCCAAAUAAAGGCAACAUUCCUUGCAGAACACUUUGUAUAUAGCACACGAACCUGUAUAUAUACUGGAAGAUCACUGCUCAUAAGUCACGCUGCCAUUGGGGCAUUGGGAUGUUUUACUAUUAGAACUCCUGGAGGAACGUGAGGAAACUGUCACUAUUUCACAGUCAUCAGUUCUACUGGACCAUGUCGUUGGAGAUGAUUUCCUACAGAUUUCCCUGGGUUUCACAAAAAUGUUUCGUGUUCUUAGGGACUUCUUUUGCUAUUCAAGUUUGGCUUCAAUAUUGUUAUUGCAUGAGUAGAUUUGUUGAGUGACAUAAGUUUGGGCGAAGGCUUUCCUUGAACUCUUAAUCAUUUGCACACUCAUCCUCACCCACGGUGGUGCCCGAGUUGCCAAGUGUAUUGAGGAUCCCAGCCAGUGGCAUCAGUGCAAGGAUUACCAAUUAUGGACAAGAGAAUGAAACCCUCUUCUCUUACCUGCACUCUGGCAUCAGGAUGCUUAUCACCACUUUACAUACUAACACUCAACCCCCAUCAGUUGGUGCAAACUUUGAAAUCUCACUGUAAUCAUCUCUCUCCUACAUAUUUGAACGACUGCCUGCUGGAGCUCUAACGUGUUCACUUACCUUUCUGUGAGAGAGAGAGGCGGAGAGAGAGGAAGAGAGAUAAUCUCAAGCAGGAUCCACAGCUGACAACAUGCAGAGCCUGAUGUAAGGCUCAAUCUCAUGCACCAUAAGAUAUGACCUGAGCCGAAGUCAAGAGUCUGACUCUUAGGCGAUUGAGCCACCCAGGCACCCCUAGUCGUGGUCUUGUUAGGGCUACUAGGGUCAAGUUGGGGAUAUUAGUGCCAAGAGUUGUAGCUUGAAGGAGUGAGUGGACACGGUGAAGGUAAAAAUAACUCUCCUUUAUUGAACACAUACUUCUUCCCUUGUACUGUUCUUCACACAAGUUUUAGGAAGUUCUAGUUCAGUCAGCUGGCUAGCCGCGGUGGCUCGGCAGGUUGGUCUCGGAGGCUCCUGUUCAGGAAGGCCAGGGAGGAGUGGAAUCACUUUUUCAUGGGGGACCACUUUGAGAAGGGCCAGCACGCUCUGCUCAAUGAAGGAGAAGAGAAUGAAAUGGAGCUAUUUGGCUACCGGACUCAAGGCUGCCGGAAAACCCUCUGUCUUGCUGGAUCCAUCUUCUCAUUUGGGAUCCUCCCCUUGGUGUUUUACUGGAGACCUGCUUGGCACGUGUGGGCAAACUGCGUCCCGUGUUCCUUGCAAGAGGCAGAUGUCGUGUUGCUGAGGACAACAGAUGAAUUCCACACUUACUCAUGGAAAAAGGUAAUGUGGAUCUACUUGUCAUCAUUAAACAGCACGUUUGGUGUCACUCCUGACCACCCUCUCAUUACAGAUGAGGAGGACAUCAUAAAUAGAGCCAUCAGAAAGCCAGACCUAAAGGUGAGAUGUAUAAAAGUGCAGAAAAUAAGAUAUGUUUGGAACAACUUAGAAGGACAGUUCCAGAAAAUUGGUUCUUUGGAAGACUGGCUCAGUUCUGCCAAGAUACAUCUGAAAUUUGGAUCAGGUCUAACAAGAGAAGAACAAGAGAUUAGGAGGUUAAUAUGUGGGCCUAAUACUAUUGAUGUUGAAAUCACACCAAUUUGGAAACUACUCAUCAAAGAGGUUUUAAAUCCAUUUUACAUAUUUCAACUCUUCAGUGUCUGUUUGUGGUUUAGUGAAGACUAUAAGGAAUAUGCUUUUGCCAUCAUAAUCAUGUCCAUCACGUCCAUAGCGUUGACGGUAUAUGAUCUCAGAGAGCAAUCUGUAAAGCUCCACCACCUAGUUGAGUCACAUAAUAGCAUUACAGUCUCCGUAUGUGGAAGAAGAGCUGGAGUCCAAGAGCUGGAAUCACGCUUCCUGGUACCCGGAGAUCUAUUAAUUUUGACGGGGAACAAAGUGCAAAUGCCAUGCGAUGCCAUCCUGAUUGAUGGCAGCUGUGUGGUAGAUGAAGGCAUGCUGACAGGAGAAAGUAUUCCAGUCACUAAAACUCCAUUGCCCAAGAUGGAGAGCUCCAUGCCCUGGAAAACGCAGAGUGAAGCCGACUAUAAAAGGCAUGUCCUUUUCUGUGGGACAGAGGUUAUCCAAGCUAAGGGAACAUGCUCCGGGACCGUGAGGGCGGUGGUGCUGCAGACUGGAUUCAACACUGCAAAAGGCGACCUCGUGAGAUCCAUUCUGUACCCGAAGCCAAUGAAUUUUAAGCUUUACAGGGAUGCCAUCAGGUUCCUCCUGUGCCUUGUAGGGACAGCAACCAUUGGGAUGAUCUAUACUUUGUGCGUCUAUGUGCUCAACGGGGAGCCUCCAGAGGAGGUGGUGAAGAAAGCCCUUGAUGUCAUCACAAUUGCGGUCCCUCCUGCUCUACCUGCUGCUCUGACCACAGGUAUUAUCUAUGCCCAGAAGAGGCUGAAGAAGAGAGGCAUCUUUUGCAUCAGCCCCCAGAGGAUCAAUGUAUGUGGACAAUUAAACCUUGUCUGCUUUGACAAGACAGGCACCUUAACAAGGGAUGGUUUGGAUCUCUGGGGAGCCGUGCCCUGCGAUAGGAGUGGGUUCCAGGAAGUCCACAGCUUUGUGUCCGGCAGGUCUUUGCCAUGGGGCCCGCUGUGUGCGGCCAUGGCCAGCUGCCACUCUCUGAUUCUUCUUGAUGGGACCAUCCAGGGAGAUCCUCUGGAUCUCAAGAUGUUUGAAGCCACCACCUGGGAGAUGGCUGUUUCUGGGGACGAUUUCCACAUCAAGGGAGUGCCAGCACAUGCCAUGGUAGUUAAGCCUUGCAAAACAGCCAGCCAGGUCCCAGUGGAAGGAAUUGCAAUCCUGCAUCUGUUCCCAUUCUCAUCAGCACUGCAGAGGAUGACAGUCAUUGUCCAAGAGAUGGGGGGUGACCGGCUGGCAUUCAUGAAAGGUGCACCAGAAAGGGUGGCCAGCUUUUGCCAACCUGAGACAGUACCAACUAGUUUUGUUAGUGAACUUCAGAUUUACACGACACAGGGCUUCCGGGUCAUAGCACUGGCCUACAAGAAGCUAGAAAUGGAUCAUCACACCACUGCCUUCACCAGGGACAAAGUAGAAGCAGACCUGAUAUUUCUGGGAUUGCUCAUCUUGGAGAAUCGGUUGAAAGAAGAAACAAAACCAGUUCUGGAAGAGCUCAUCUCCGCCCGGAUAAGGACUGUAAUGAUCACAGGUGACAAUCUUCAGACCGCAAUAACAGUGGCCAGAAAGUCUGGAAUGGUUUCUGAAAGCCAACAAGUCAUUCUGAUUGAAGCGAAUGAAAUCACUGGGUCCUCAUCAGCAUCUAUAUCUUGGAAAUUAGUAGAUGAGAAGUCCAUUGCACACAGCAAUCAGGAUAAUUACAUUAAUAUCAAGGAAGAAGUCUCUGAUCAUGGCAGAGAGGGAAGUUACCAUUUUGCCUUAAGUGGAAAAUCCUUUCAGGUUAUAAGUCAACAUUUCAGUAGCCUACUCCCAAAGAUACUGAUAAAUGGAACAAUCUUUGCAAGAAUGUCUCCUGGGCAGAAAUCCAGUCUGGUGGAAGAAUUUCAGAAACUGGAUUACUUUGUAGGUAUGUGCGGUGAUGGAGCCAAUGACUGCGGGGCUUUGAAAAUGGCUCACGUGGGCAUCUCUUUAUCAGAACAGGAGGCAUCUGUGGCCUCACCUUUCACUUCUAAAACUCCAAACAUUGAGUGUGUACCUCACCUUAUCAAGGAAGGACGUGCCGCUCUCGUUACCUCAUUUUGCAUGUUCAAGUACAUGGCUCUGUACAGCAUGAUCCAGUAUGUUGGUGUUCUGCUGCUCUACUGGGAGACAAACAGCCUUUCAAAUUACCAGUUUCUGUUCCAGGAUCUGGCCAUCACAACUCUUAUUGGUGUAACAAUGAAUUUGAAUGGUGCCUACCCCAAGCUGGUGCCCUUCAGGCCUGCAGGACGGCUGAUCUCCCCACCUCUGCUGCUCUCUGUGAUUCUCAACCUUCUUCUCAGCUUAGCCAUGCACAUUGCGGGCUUCAUUCUGGUUCAGAGGCAGCCUUGGUAUUCCAUGGAGAUGCACAGUGCCUGCACAGUGCAAAAUGAAAGCAUCUCAAAGUUAACCAUUUCUCCCACUGCUCCAGAAAAAAUUGGAAGUAAUGGUGCCUUCACAAGCUUCGAAAACACGACCAUAUGGUUCUUGGGAACAAUCAACUGUAUCAUCGUGGCUCUUAUUUUCUCUAAAGGAAAACCAUUUAGGCAGCCCAUAUAUAAAAAUUAUAUAUUUGUCCUUGUGCUGGUCAUACAGCUGGGUGUGUGUCUCUUCAUUCUAUUUGCUGAUAUUCCAGAAUUAUAUAGGCGUUUGGAUCUUCUCUGUACUCCUCUUCUGUGGAGGGUUUACAUCACAAUUAUGCUCAGCUCCAACUUCAUUGUGUCCCUUGUGGUGGAGGAGGCCAUUAUUGAAAACCGAGCCCUGUGGACAACAUUCAAAAGGUGUUUUGGCUAUCAAUCAAAAAGCCAGUAUCGGAUAUGGCAGAGGGCCUUGGCAGAUGACCCCAGCUGGCCCCCGCUAAACCAAACGUCCUACUCUGACAUGCCAGAGUGUGGCAGCGGGGUGUCUUACAGCAAUCCGGUGUUUGAGAGCAAUGAGGAACAACUCUGAAGCCAGAGUGAUCUCUAAGGUGAUAAACCAUAGAAACAAUGACAAAAGGGACCAGUUUCAGUAAUUUUCAAACAAUGGGACUCUUACAAAAUCAGCUGGAGUUUUUGGAAUAAAAAAACCUAUCCAAUCACGGUCACAAACUCAAGUUUACCUGAUAAGAUACUUUCUACAGAGCAGAACACUGCCCCCAGAAGAGUGCCUUCCUCUUGAUUCUGAAAGUAUUGAUGGUGUUGGUGAAUCAAGAGUGAGCUAACGAUGGCAAUCAGCCCAGAGACUGGGAGGCUAAAGGACAAGGAGAAUAUAUACUCUCUUUUCUUAGGUAACAUUUUUUAAAUGAAUUGAAAAUAGCACUAUGUGUAACCAUAGAACUGUAACAUGUGAAGGAUCACCUUUGAAUUCUUAUUUUAUUGAUGGAAAAACAAGUGCAUGAGAGCCAUUAUACCAGUCUUCACUGUCUGGUUUCCUUUCCUGCAUAAUACUUUCAGAGUUGAGACAUUUUCUUCUGCUUCUGGCCUUCCCCUACAUAUUUGGAAGGAUGGGCUAAGCUCAUGCUUCAGUAACAAACAAGUCCCUUGUCUCGGUGACUUAACACACAAGAGCUUCUUUCGUGGUCCAGGUGACUCUGUAGACUAGCUCUCCUCAGUGGUGACUGCUUCAAUCUGUCGGCUCCACCGGCUGAAAACAAGUACUCCACGUUCACUAUGAUGGGAAAGGAAGAGACUGGAGAAGGCACAAAGGCUUUUCACUGCCUCACCCAAAAAGUGGAACGCCUCUCUUCCACUACUCACAUCUCAUUAAUCAAGGGUUUGGCAAAGGAGCUGGGAAGUACAGUCUCCUGUGUUUAGGGCUGGUUUCAUGGGCACAUGACCUGUGCAGUCACCUGGGGCCCCAUGCUUAGAAGGGCCCCACAUUUGGUUUAAUGCUUUGCUGCUGCCAUCUCGAAAUUCUUAAUUUUUGAUGCUCUUUGAUACAUGCUACUUUAGUUUCUCUCCCAGGAACCCAAGCUGGACCAACUACAUAAUUUGUGGGGCUGAGGACAAAAUGGAAAUUAUUUUUGAGAAAAAUUAGUCUUGUACCACAACAUUAUAUGUUAUCAAUUGAUGUAAGUGCAAUCUACACAUUUCUUAAGUUUGAAAAGGCUUCAAUUUUCAGGAAACAGAAAUUGCCCUUAUUUUAUCACUAUUACAAUUUUGUUAUCUCGGAUUCAUUUAGCAUAGAAAACAUCCAGAUUUCUGUUAGCUCAGCAGACAACUAUGAGUUUUAGGAAAACAUCCACAGAUAGUAUUUUAAAGCAAAAGCAAAAUUUUCAUUACAAACCUCAAAUCCUAGGUGAAGGUUCUGGACGGGGGAGUGUCCCAAGCUGGCUUUUCUCCUUAUCAAUAGCCUCUGCAAGCAUUCCCUUCCCUGGCUGAAUUCUGGAGCAUGGCUGGAGGCUCUGUGGCUGCAGAUAAUUCUGGAAACACAGUGUUUCUCAGCCAUGAAAGUAUCUUGUUGCUUCUGGUUUUAAAAUAGGGUGUGAAGAAUCAUGUAAAUAGGCUGCAGAAUCAUUGUCUUCCUUGGUACAGAAAGAAAUGUUUCCUUUUACAAAGUUAGCCACAGCAGAGAUAUGGUAGCUCUGAAUGUCUUUUUCUAAAACUCGUAGUUUUCUCAUUUUUCAACAUGGCAGGCUGGAGAUGGUCUACAACCUAGUCCUGGGCAAGGGCAUUCCCACCUAGAAGAUCCCCUUACCAGGUGCUGUCACCUCUCUUGUCUCAUUUGCAUUGCAUGAUUCACUCAGACUCAGGCAAGGAAGGGCUUAUCAUCCACUUUUACACGUGAGGAAACUGAGAUUCAGAGUAAGGAGAGCAGACCCAGGCCUCAGACACAGAUCUCCUGAGCAAACCUUCUGUUGUUUCCAAAUACCUCCUAAUUACAAAGCUCCAGCAGGGCUGGGUGUUUGGGGUGAUCUCACAGUAAAACAAAGAAUAGGUUUCUUAUUCGCCAGGUGGAAGGAAGCAACCUUUUGCUAAUACCAGGCCCUAAUGUUCAAAUGAAUGCCAGGCACCCUGCCAAGCUUGGGCUAGAGGCAGGUUAAAAAAAAAAACAAAACUAAAACCCAUGAGUGUCUGUCUGUCUUUCUGAGACUCUGAGUUGCUCUUACCUUGGUCCUAAGUUCCAUCCUCAGUGAUUCAACAAGACUGGCAGGAAAACAGAGAGGGAAGACUCCAUUUCCUCACCAGCCAAACAACCCUAAAAUCUUUGUCAAAAGAGACUUAUUCUGAAAACUGUACUUGAAGUUAACUGUAACUGAGAGGUAGUGAGAAAAUGCUUUACUUGAAAAAAUGGGGUUGGGGGGGUAUUGUCAAGGGAUGUGAGAGUUGUUUUCAAAUACUUGAAGGGUUCCUGUGGGAGAGAAGGCUCCCACCUGUGCCUGGUGGCACGCUCAGUGUGUAAAGGGCACAGUGGGAAUGGCUUCAGGCUGACACGAAGACCACUGCCCCAACAGCUCAAAAAGCAGUGGAAGCUGGUGACCCAUGAGGUGUGUGCCCCAUGACAUUGGCAGUACAAGGGGAUAUUCAGAGACCAAUUAGAGGUGGAAGUCAACUAUCUGAUGGAAUUCAAUUACCUGCCAGAUCCUUUUCAGACUUGAUAUGCACAUGUCUCAAUCUUAUGCUGUGAUGUGAACCAUUUACUGUCACUGCCCACAUAGAAUAUCAGGCUGCCUAUUGUGGGGAGACAGGCUGGGGAGGACAGAUUUAUAGCCCUGUGAGGUCCCACAGUCAAAUGGGCUUGACUGCUCUGUACCUUGGAAGGUGGCUUUGGUUGGGGAUAAGAUUCUAGAAAACAGGUACCCACUGAUGGGUCCUGACCACCAAACUGACAGCUGGGACAUACUUCUGAUGUGUGUGUUUUCAUAGAAAGAGCUGCUUGAAAAAAAUCAGUAAAGAAAAUGUGGGAGAACGUGCCAAACCUGAGGUCAGAGUACCUGCGCCUGAUAUGCGUGUCUGACCAGGACUUGGAGGAGAAAAGGACACAGUCAUCUGAUCCACAUCAUUUAAAAGGUCCCCUGUAUGUUCGCUCCAAGGUACACAGCUCUGACCCACAGAGAGGAACUCUGGCUCUGGGUUCUUCUCACUAAACGUGUAAUGAUCUGAGAAUGGAAAUAUGUCCGUGCCAUCUGCAUCCUCUGAGCUCACAGAAGGGUGCGUGUGCACACUUGCAGAUGCAAUGGCUAGAAAAGCAAGUAUUUAUUCAGAGUCCUGUAUUUAGUUUAUGCUGCAAUAAGUCAUUCUGUGCAAAAGAGGCAAGCACAAUCUGUAAUUCUGGUGUUAUAAAAUCAACCUUUUUCCUUUUCUGCAGUGGGGUCUUUCACUGUGGCUAAUACUCCAGGAAUGUGGAAUCAAAAUCACACCUUUACAAAGUUUUAGACAUUUCCUAAUGCUGUAGACACCAUUAUUCCCCGCUUGGUAACAGGGCACUACCGUCUACAAAAACUUUUGCACUCAUUCUCUUGUUUAAGCCUCAUGACAAUCUAAAGAGGAAGGCAGGGCAAGAAUUACUAUCCUCCUUCUUUUGAUGAGGUACCAGACCCUCCAAAAGUCUCAGUAACUUGUACAAGGGCAUGUAGGAGCUGGAGCUGCGUUCAGAUGCAGGACUUCUGCCAAUGAGUUCUCUGCUCUGUCACUCUCCCAUGUUUCUCCUGGAUGAAAGGUUUGUAGCAUUGAAGAACAAGAAGGCAAUCAAGGCAAGGUAACCAUCCAGUGGACUGCCGUGACAAGUGUAAUUGCUUCCAAAAAGAGAUUUUAGUUCUCUUGAAUUUGAUCAUCAGUCACAGAAAGGUCAACUCCCAUCGCUGAGGAGUAAAAUCCAAUAACCAGAGCCCUACAGCUUAUUUUGUGGGAGCAGAUAUAGCUCUGGUUUGUGAUUUAGGUCUCCAGAAGCAGAAACCUAUAUCUUUGCUUGAAUUUUGCUUGGCCUCCACUUUGUCCAGCAUUUUCGAGUCAUAUGGACUCUGUCUUGGCUUUAGGCUAACCUCCCUCACGCCAAUUGGUAGCUCAUUAUUGCCAGCACUCGGUAAUUCACUCACUCCAGGCAUACAGGGACUUUCCCAACUCAAUACCUUUGCUCAUGCUGUUUUCUUUUUGGGGGCAUCGAUAAUUCUUACUCUCAUCCCCACACGCCCAAAUCCCACCCAUUCUCAAGACCCAGUUAGAAUGCCACCUGGUCUGCAAGCCCGAAGGGAGAUCUCUUCUGUCUACACACUGCUCGCAGUCCUCAAAUGUCUCCUUUGUGUGACAGGCACCUCUUUUGAUCAUGCAUUAUGGUCCUGUGCCAUUUUGAAUUCCUCCAACUCCCACCCAACUCCACUUUAACUAGAGUGCACAUUCUCUGAGGGUAGGGACCAAGCCUGAUACUUCUCAUCUGCCCACUCAGCACCCAGCACAGGGCAGUGGUUGGGGCUCGGCAAGCAGCUGUGACAUGAUUGAAUAAAAAAUGUAAUCACUAGGACAUUUUGUUGAUUUAUUUUUCCUCCUUUGUCUGUGAACAUCUGCUUUCCAUGCAGUACAAAGAAGCUGAACUAAAACAAUAGGACUAUGAAUAAAAACACAAAGUGCAAAGUA